AUGACCCAAACGUUCCUCAUUACCGGCGCCACUGGCUACCAAGGCGGAGCUACCAUCUGUUACCUCCUCGAAACAGGGGCAACUAUUCAUGCCCUUGUCCGUAACCCUAACUCCCCUACUGCCGAGAAGUUCAAGGAAAAGGGUGUGGUUAUAUUCAAGGGCGACUUCGACGACGUAGAAGCCAUCAAGGCAGCCACAAAAGGCGUCGACGGCGUUUUCCAAAAUCUCAGCCCUACAUGGCCAGCCGAACAACAAAUCCAACAGGCCAAGAAUAUUGUCAAUGCAGCUCUCGAAGCGGGAACCGUGAAGUCGUAUGUUGUCUCUACUGCUUUCUAUUGCUCAAAUCGCAGAAUCUGGGGACAUUAUGAUCCCAGCCACGAACUCCACAUCUACUACACAACAAAAUCUGCUGUGGAGGACAUCGUCAAGAAGGCCGAUUUCCCAAGUUACACAAUUCUACGACCGGCUUGGUUAUAUCAGAACUAUCUAGUUCCACAAUCAGGCUACUAUUUCCCAGAACUCUCCACUGAGGGAAUUUUGGCCCAUGUCUACGAGCCAAACACCAGAAUGCCACAUAUUGAUGUUGAUAAUGUGGAACAUUUUGCCGCAGCUGCACUCAUAGAACCCGAUAAGUUCAACGGACAUGAGAUUGAGCUCGGUAACGAGAACUUAACUCUAGAAGAAACUAGGGAAUUGCUCAGCAAAGCUGCGGGAGUUGAUAUUAAUACACGUAUCCGGAGCAAGCAGGAGGUAAUUAAAUUGGGGUUCAAGGUUGGCACGUUGAUUUUCCAGCAACUUGCGAAUGAGAAGGAUCUCAGUAUUGAUGGCAAGGCCUUGGUCGAGAAGUAUGGAAUUCCAUUUAAUAAUUUUGGAGAUGUCAUGACAAGGGAAAAGGAUGAGCUUUUGAAAUCCAUUGCAGGCGCCAAAUAA